AACCUAAAACUCUUGAAGUAAGCAAGAUAUAAGUUUUGUUAUAUUUAUUAUUUUAUUUACAAAAAUAAAGCAUGUUAUAUGAGGCAUUUAUGGCGGGUACCUGGGCAUCGAUUGGAAGUACCAUAGGAAAAUUAACAGGCACACCAAGUAUUGUUGGCGACGGCUACGUGAUAUGGGCACUACUCUUAAUCCUGAUGGUAUCGGUCAACACGUGGGGCUGCCGGUACUACCUGCGCUCCCUCGACGCUGCCGAAAACUCUGCAGCACCUACAGUCAUCUCCGCCGCCUCCAGCUACGUGCUAUCGGGCUUCAUCGGGAUAUGUUUCUUCGGAGAGCUAUCUUCUGUACGAUGGUGGGCUGGCGCCCUGCUCAUCGUUAUGGGACUUGCGUUGGUCGCCCGCUCUACGCCAGAAGAUACCAAAGGAAAGAAAGACGAAUAACAAUAUAGAGUUUCAUCGGCAUAAUCAUAUGCCAUUUCUGGUGGUGGACGGACGGUACUUAUCGUUAUAGAGUCUGUUCGGAAUGUAUUGGGCCCCAUACAUUCUAUGACUCUUCUCUUUUCGAACAGACUAGGAGUGGGGCGGGCGCUGUGCCGGUCACAUUUUUCAGACCGAAAGUCACCAAAAAAGGGAAGGAAGACAAAUAACAUUUUAUGAGUCGUACUUAGAUGGUUAAGUAAGUACAUAUAGUGUAAGAUACCAUUGUAGAUAUAGCUUUAGGUAUUGU